ACACGGUUCGCAACACGUGCCCUCUGGAAAAUUUAGGUCAACUUUGGAAGAAAAUCUCCACAAGAGGUUGGAAGAAAAACUCCACAAGGGGUAGGCGUUGAGGGACCUUUUCGGAAAUCGGUAAUACUUCUCUCUCCUAGAAACCCUUUGUGCAUAAGCGACCGCCAGUGAGACACACAAACGGUUGAGGAGUCCUGAGCGUAGUGAGGGUUUAAGAGCUAGCGGUGGUUGGUGCUGAAGAAGAGUUAGGGUUUAAGAUGCCUUGCCUCAACAUCUCCACUAACGUCACCCUGGAGGGCGUAGAUUCCUCCUCCAUCCUUUCUGAAGCCACUUCCACCGUCGCCAAGAUCAUCGGCAAACCUGAGAACUAUGUGAUGAUUGUGCUGAAGGGAUCAGUACCUAUAGCGUUUGGUGGGACUGAGCAGCCUGCAGCCUAUGGAGAACUGGUAUCCAUUGGGGGGCUUAAUCCUGAUACAAACAAGAAACUGAGUGCUGCAAUUUCCGGAAUUCUGGAGACCAAGCUGUGCGUGCCCAAGUCACGGUUUUUCCUCAAAUUCUUCGACACCAAGGGUUCCAACUUCGGAUGGAAUGGCUCCACUUUCUAAAUUGUGCAUUGGUCAGAACAUUUCUCUACUACCACGAGGGCCGAAAGCUGUUGGUAGUGUAAGCUUCGUCUCUGGGAGCAUAUAACUACUUAAAUAGAUCUUGGAAGGACACAUAUCUAUUUGUUAAAAUACCCUGCUUGUAUUCCUCUUCCAUGAAAUUGUAGCAAUGCUGGCAAUCUGAAAACUUCUUGGUGGCUACUUUGUUCUCAAGAAAAAUGUGACCUUUUAUGGUGUACUAAUGUGCACAUUAUUGGUGGCCAAGUAAUCUCUUUUCUGUUCUGGCUC